UUCAGUACUUGCACGGUGUCUCGUCAGACAGGUUGACACUGUUGACAAUCCGGAAUGAUGUUACAACUAUUGCUGGUGCUGUUACUACCCGCAAUUGGACGUGGACUCGAGUCGCACUCAUUGCUCGAGGGGAUUACGCAUCUGGUGGCAAGCUCGAGCAAUGCCAUCACGCAGUUGACGUCGUGUCAGCGACAGCUGUUGGCGUUGCACGACGCUUGGCAGCGGCGAGAGGCCUGGGCAUUAAAGGCUUUCGAUGCCUCGGGCAGUGGCUAUGAUAAUUUCAUGCUGGGCAACAGCUUGUGGCUUGGCAGUCGCGUCUCCUGUCGUGCCGUCAAUGAGAAUGUGAUGAGAUAUUAUACGACUAAGCAGCAGCAUCUGCAUCGCAACUUGGCGCCGUUUCCCUUCGAUUAUCACCUGGCUUAUGUGAGAGCAAAUUCACCGUGGCAAUCGCAUUUGAUUGCCAAGGAGCCAGCGUUGCUGCACUUUGGACUCUGCUUGCCACAGAUCUGCACUCGACUGGAGCUGGAGGAGAUGCUGCCACAAGUCUUGGCUGCUGGUGGAAUUCACAGUGAUAAGUUUGAGAUGAAGCCAGAGUUGGUUUACACCAAGCAGCCGCAAUUAAAGGGAGAUUUCUUUGCCAGCAAGUCCUUUAAAUUGUUUUUGACUUUGCUUGCUUGUGUUUUGCUGCUGACUCUACUUGCCACUUGUGGCAUGGCUGGAGGACGCAUUGUUAGCUGCUUUGAUGCAGCCUCCAAUUGGCAACGUUUGUGGCAGGUAUCAGUUGGCAACCACGAAAUUGCCGUCAUCAAUGGACUACGUGUGUUGAGUGCACUUUCCAUACUCAUUCUACACGUUAGCUGGUAUACCUCACAGUCUACGGAUCAGUCGGCGGAUCUGGCCAUGAAGGUAGCAACUAUAUGGCUGUAUCAUCCGUAUUUACCUGCUAUGCUGGAGAUAUUCUUUACCAUCAGUGGGUUUCUCACCGUCUUCAAUUUCCUACGCAAUGAGACGCUUCAACGGAGCAUUACCGAGGACACGAUUCUGGGGAAUCUAAGUUCCAUAUUAAAGCAACUUGUGCAUCGUUAUCUACGUUUGGCACCGCUGCAACUCGUCGUGAUCUUGUUUAUAAUUGUUGUCUUCUCCUACUAUCAGGAAGUAUCAGUGUAUCACAUCUUUGAGCCGCUGGAUGAGAUUUGCUCGCGAAAUUGGUGGCAGAACAUGUUCUUGAUCCAGAACAUGUAUCCGGAGACGAUGUGCGCCAAUUGGACGUGGUCCGUGGCCUGUGAUAUGCAGCUACAUGUGUUGGCCACAUUGCUGCUCUUUCUCUAUGUGAGGCAUCCCAACUUUGUGCGUCGUCUGGUUUUGGCCAUAUUGUGUGGCAAUGUGCUCUACACCGUUGUGCUGCUGAUCAUAUUGGAUAUGGAUUUCAAGUUUGACUCGGUCUAUGUGAAUCUCACCACAUGGUUCUAUUUUAAUCCUUUGGUGCGCAUGUUGCCCUACGUGAUUGGCAGCAUUUAUGGCUAUACACAUGUGCGGGGUUGGAGUUCCCCCGCUGAGGUACUCCUGCCCAACAAGUUGACCAAGUGUUUGCUGGCUGUAGUUGUUUUCCUGCUCUUCCAGCAGCUGCAAGCUGAGGAACUGCAAAAUUCCGCUGUCCUUGCCAGCGGUAUAAUUAUGAUACGUACAAUUAUCUCCGUAUUUGCGGCGCAACUCGUUUUGGCCAGUUUUAAAAUUGAACAGAGUUCGGCUUUAAUACGUUGGCUUGUGGAUUUUCUGCAAUCGAAAUGUUUUCAGUUUGUUGGCCGUGUGACUUUUGCCUUCUACUUACUGAAUCCUUUGAUUAUUUACUGCUUUAACUUCACUUUUGGCAAUGUACUUCCUGCGGAUAUCAGCAUGUUGUCCAUUUUGGCUAUCGCUCAUACGUUUAUUGUACUGGUUUUGGCCAUUUUCCUGACGCUGUUCUUCGAGAUGCCGUUGAAUAGGCUAACAAGUCUGCUUUUAUCCUCGAAUUCUAGUAAAAGUAAACAAAAUUAAAUGCAUACAUUGUAUUUUUCCUAUAAAUAAAUUAAAUGCAAUCUCAA